AUGGCCGAAAAUCAGAACAACACAGACGAUGCCUACCGCAUUCAAGAGCUGCCGCUCUUGUCAAAGGUCAGGCACGGGGCUACAGCUUUUGCGAUCCAAAAUAUUUUUGUCAAGCCAGCGCUCUUCGUCCGCGAUGUCAAAGCACACAUCAUCCCGCCUGAGAAUCGACCCGAGCUCGUGAAGACGUACGAGUGCAGACCGCAUCUGCCAGUCAGAAUCUUCUUCCCCAAAUGCUUUGACAAAACGUCCAAAGACCAGCUGCCAGCUCUUUUCACGAUCCAUGGAGGUGGGUUUGUGCUCGGGACGCCCAACGACAAUGAUGAUUGGAAUCAGACGUAUGCCUCGCUGCACCACUCUAUUGUCGUUGCCCUCAACUACGGCAAAGCUCCGGCCAACCCCUUUCCCAAGCCAAUCUAUGACUGCGAAGCUCUUUUUCUCGCCGCGUUGAACGAUGAAUCGCUUCCCCUGGACCGGACCAGGGUUUCUCUCCUCGGUUGGUCCGCAGGCGGCAAUUUGACCAUUGCAGUCGCACAGCUGGAGAGCGUCAGAAAACACCUAACUUGCAUCGUCCCGUUGUAUCCUGCGGCCGAUCUCUCGAUUAAGGGAGAGGACAAGGCUGAAUCGCGGCGGUAUAAGCCUGACCUGGGUGGCUUCCGUGCAAAAGACAGAGACUUCCUGCUUGGCAUGGCUCCGACGUUUGAUUGGGCCUACAAGAUUCCGGGAGAGAGCAGUCGCAAUCCUCUCCUGAGCCCUUGCUUUGCUCCAAAAGACGCAUUGCCAAAGCGCGUAUUCAUCAUUGCCUGCGAGCUUGACAUGCUCGCUCAUGAGGGCCAGAGACUCAUUCAUCGACUCGCAGACCGUCCUCCACCGCCAGCAACCGUCGGAAAACAGGAGACUGUGGGGAAGGGGGAGCUCAUUUUAGACGACGAGAGGUUCCACUUCGAGGUUUCGAAUGCCGACGGAAGCGUUUACAGGUGGCUUUUGGUACCUGAUACCGUCCACGGAUUCGACCAACACCUCGAAGGACUUGUUCGCGACCCUGUGCUUAUUGAAGAUGCCCAGAUCAAGACGCAAAAGACUAUCAAGAUAAUUGGCGAAUGGGUGCUGCAGGCGCCCCCAACCAGCGCAGCUUAG